UUCAUCAGGCAGGGCAGAAGUUACUAUUCACAACCAUAUGUAUUUACAAAAAUUUGGUUUGACCCUUUUGUCCUUUCUAGUGAAUCUCACACAACACUGGGUUGUAUGUGUUCAAGCUUUUCUUUCAGAUUUGUCUCUUUUCAAUUUUGUACUGUUUUGCUUGCUAGAAAAACACGUUUCACAGUUACUUUUUCUUGAAAAGUUGUGUGUUUACAACAUGUCUCAUUUGCUUGGAUUUUCUUUCUCAUGGCAUAUCUGUGAUUAUUUUAAUGUUUUCUGAUGUGGGAAGGAGACUAACCCUUUUCUUUGAUGAUCCCAUUUUUGUUUUUGUCUUUUCUCUUUGUCCAUAAGAGUAGUAAAAAAGUGAUCGUUGAAGUAGAGGAAGAUGACAGUUGAGCAAGGUGAUGAUGGAGGUGGUGGCGCUCAGGCAUCUUCCACUUAUCAUUCAUAUCCACCUCCAUUGGCUACAUAUGAGGAUGUUGUUUGCUCUCGUGACAUUUUCAUGGAUUCUUUGAGGAAGCUCCAUAUUUCUAUGGGAACUAAGUUCAUGAUCCCAAUUGUAGGGGGCAGGGACUUGGACUUGCAUCGCCUCUUUGUUGAAGUUACUUCCCGCGGUGGCAUUGCAAAGAUUUUGAAGGAAAAAAAGUGGAAAGAAGUCACUGCAGUUUUCAACUUUCCAUCCUCAGCUACAAACGCCUCUUUUAUACUUCGCAAGUAUUAUGUUUCACUGCUUUAUCACUACGAACAGAUCUACUUCUUUAAGGCGAAAUGUUGGUCUCCUGCGCCUACUGAUGCUAUGCAAACUUUGCCUCCGAUCACACCUCCUCCCCUUGGAUUCCAUGAGUAUGUGCCUUCAGUGUCGCAACGAACACAUGCUGCUUCACCACUACUUAAAGCAAAAGCUGAAACAUUGAUUCCUCAAGUAUCGUUAACACCAUCAGCAGCUGGCUCUUCCGUCUGUGGCGUGAUUGAUGGCAAAUUCGAGAGUGGAUAUCUCAUCACCGUGAAAAUCGGAUUGGAGGAGUUCAAGGGAGUUCUAUAUCAAGUCCCAAACAGUGAGAAUCAGCUGCUUCGAACACACAUCAACAAUCCAUCACUAAAGUCUGGAGCUCCACGCCGCAAGAGGAGGAAGAAAUCUGAGAUAAGAAAGAGGGAUCCCUCCCACCCGAAGCCCAACAGGAGCGGCUACAACUUCUUCUUUGCAGAGCAGCAUGCGAGGCUCAAACCACACUACCAUGGCAAGGAUAGAGAGAUAAGUAGGAUCAUUGGUGAAUCGUGGAAUAAACUGCAAGAACCGGAGAGAGCGGUUUAUCAAGAAAAGGCGCUGAGAGACAAGGAGCGGUACAAGAUGGAGAUGGAAGUGUAUCGUGAGAGGUUAAGAACCGGGCAGAUCACGACAAGCGCAGCAGCACCCUUGGGUCAUGCCCCCGCGCCCCAAGUGAGCCUGGCUGAUCUGAACAGCAACGCGGGGGCUGCUGCGCUUGUGUGAUGUUGUGUGAAGGUGGCCAGGUGGGAGAUGUUGUGUGAAGGUGGCCAGGUGGGAGAUCAGUGCCUGUGGAAGGGAUAGAACAGGAGCCGCCUAGUUUUGGUAAUGAUGACUCAGUUGCAGGGUUAUAGAUUUUUUCUGCUGAAGGAGGGAAUUAGUUUCUCACUAAAGCAGUUUGUUAUAUAUUUAUAUGGAAAAGUAGAACUUGUUUUCGGAAGUAGUAUUAUUGUUAAUGAUUUUAGUACUAGAUCAAAUUAGGUGCGUUGUUAUACUGACUUCAAUUUUAAACUAAUGAA